CUCUCUCUCUUACUACUUUCUCUCUCUACCAAUCUCUGUUUUUUUCUUUUUUUUUUCUUUCUAUGAAGAAAGAAAUCAUUUCAACUUGGACUUAACGAAAAGAAUCACAAAGAAACACUAGUGAUCUUCUGUCUUGUAAUUUCUUAGAAAUUCUUCUUUUCAACUUACUUGGAAAACAUUUCUUGGGUGUUUUUAGUUGAUUACAAUGAGAGCUGCAGCUAGAGCUAGUUGAUAGUUUUCUUGUUUCAAGUUCACAUCAGUGUCUUGUCUGUAUAUGUUGUUGUACAUUUGGUGGGAAACUAAAGUCUUGGUGGGUGAAAUUAGUUUCGAAACCAAAAACAAAUUGGGUAUCAACUGAAUAAUAAUAAUCAAUAAUGAGAGUGCGAAAUUGAGAUUUUUGUUAAAGUUUUACGAUGCUGCGGAGAGGGAUAAGAUUUAGUAAACUGUACUCAUUUUCUUGUAUGGGUUCAGUGUUUAAAGAUGAUCAUAAACAAAUAGGGGAAGAAGGUUAUUCGAGAGUUGCAUAUUGCAAUGAUGCUGAUAAUAUAGAAGCUAGUCAGCUUAAUUAUAAGGGUAAUUAUGUAUCUACUACUAAAUAUACACUGGUUAAUUUUAUACCUAAAUCUUUGUUUGAACAGUUCAGGAGAGUUGCAAAUAUAUAUUUUCUUGUUGUAGCUUGUGUUUCAUUUACUCCAUUAGCACCUUAUACAGCUGGUAGUAUUCUCUUUCCUUUGGUCGUUGUUAUUGGAGCUACUAUGGCUAAAGAAGGUGUCGAAGAUUGUAGGCGUCGAAAUCAGGAUAUAGAAGCUAAUAAUCGAAAGGUCAAAUCUUAUGGUGCUGAUCAUACUUUUCAUGAAACCAAAUGGAAGAAAUUACGAGUAGGAGAUCUUGUUAAAAUUGAAAAAGAUGAAUUCUUUCCUGCUGAUCUUCUACUGCUUUCAUCUAGUUAUGAGGAUGGGAUUUGUUUUGUUGAGACAAUGAAUCUUGAUGGUGAGACAAACUUGAAAGCUAAGCAAUCUUUGGGUGAGACUUCUUCCCUGAGAGAUGAGUACUCCUUUAAGAAAUUUAAGGCACUGAUCAAAUGUGAGGAUCCAAAUGAAAAUCUGUAUUCUUUUGUUGGAAGCUUGUAUUAUGAUGGCAAGCAGUACCCUCUUUCACCACAGCAGAUUCUUUUAAGAGAUUCAAAGCUUCGAAAUUCUGAAUAUGUCUAUGGAGUGGUGGUUUUUACGGGUCAUGACACGAAGGUGAUGCAGAAUGCUACAGAACCUCCUUCUAAGAGAAGUAAGGUCGAGAGGAAAAUGGAUAAGAUAAUAUACAUACUUUUCAGUACCCUAAUUUUGAUAUCUUCUAUUGGAUCCAUAUUCUUUGGUGUCACAACAAGGGAGGAUAUUGAAGGUGGAAAGAUUAAAAGGUGGUAUCUUAGACCGGAAGAUACCACUGUGUAUUUUGACCCAAGGCGAGCAACUUUAGCAGCAGGUCUUCAUUUCCUUACGGGCCUAAUGUUAUAUGGUUAUUUGAUACCUAUAUCCUUGUAUGUAUCCAUAGAAGUAGUGAAGGUUUUACAGAGUAUAUUUAUUAACCAGGAUCAGGAUAUGUAUCAUGAGGAAACAGAUAGUCCAGCACAUGCCCGCACGUCAAAUUUGAAUGAGGAACUUGGUCAGGUUGAUACUGUUCUAUCGGAUAAAACAGGCACUCUGACGUGCAACUCAAUGGAAUUUGUUAAAUGUUCCAUAGCUGGUACUGCUUAUGGUCAUGGUUUGACAGAAGUAGAGAGAGCUGUAGCAAGGAAAAAAAUGGAUGACUCACCUAAACUUGGUGAUCCAUCAUUUGAUUUGGAGAACCAUGAUGGUGGCUCAAAAUUUCCAGUGAAAGGCUUCAACUUCAAAGACGAGCGUAUCAUGAAUGGACAGUGGGUUAAGCAGCCUUGUGCAGAUGCCAUCCGGAACUUCCUUCGCAUUUUAGCAAUCUGCCAUACAGCGAUUCCUGAUGUAAAUAAGGAAACAGGUGAAAUUUCUUAUGAGGCCGAGUCUCCAGAUGAAGCGGCUUUUGUGGUUGCUGCACGGGAACUUGGGUUUGAAUUCUACAAAAGGACUCAGACAAGCAUCUCAUUGCAUGAGUUAGAUCCUCAGACUGGAAAGAUAGUUGACAGAUCAUUUAAGCUGCUUCAUGUUAUCGAGUUUAGUAGUUCUCGUAAGCGAAUGUCUGUGAUUGUGAAAGAUGAAGAAGGUCAAGUAUUACUCCUCUGCAAGGGGGCAGACAGCAUAAUGUUUGAUAGGAUUUUUGAGGAUGGGCAACAGUUUGUUGCUAAGACCAAGGAGCACAUCAAGAGUUAUGCCAAGGCUGGUUUGCGAACCUUGGUAGUUGCAUAUCGUGUGAUCGGUGAAGAAGAGCACAAAACAUGGCAACUGGAAUUUCUCAAGGCCAAAAAUUCUUUAUCUGUAGAUCGAGAAGCACUGGUAGAUGCUGCAGCUAUUAAGAUCGAGAGGGAUUUGAUGCUUCUUGGAGCCACAGCUGUUGAGGAUAAAUUACAGAAGGGGGUUCCCGAGUGCAUCGACAAGCUUGCCCAGGCUGGAAUCAAGAUAUGGGUUUUAACUGGUGACAAGUUAGAAACUGCAGUCAAUAUCGGGUAUGCAUGUAGCUUGCUGAGGGAGGAGAUGCAGCAGAUUGUGAUCACGCUAGAUACACCUGAAAUCAGUGCAUUGGAGAAACAAGGGGACAAAGAGGCUCUUGUAAAGGCUUCUCUUGAGAGCGUAACCAGACAAUUACACGAAGGAAAUUCUCAAGUUAUUUCAGCAAAAGAAAGUUCCAUUCCAUCAGCUUUAAUUAUUGAUGGCAAAUCCUUGGAUUUUGCUCUUACAAGGAAUCUGGAGAGCUUGUUUCUGGAGCUUGCACUUAGUUGUGCAUCAGUUAUUUGUUGCCGUUCUUUGCCAAAACAGAAGGCUCUUGUCACGAGACUGGUGAAAGUAGGAACUGGUAAAACCACACUAGCCAUUGGUGAUGGUGCAAAUGAUGUUGGCAUGCUCCAAGAAGCUGAAAUAGGAGUUGGCAUUAGUGGCGCUGAGGGAAUGCAGGCUGUUAUGUCUAGUGAUUUUGCAAUUGCUCAAUUUCGGUUUUUGGAGCGCUUGUUGCUGGUCCAUGGCCAUUGGUGUUACAGGCGAAUAGCUAUGAUGAUAUGCUACUUUUUCUACAAGAACUUGGCAUUCGGGUUCACAUUAUUUUUGUUUGAAGCUUUUGCUUCUUUCUCUGGUCAGCCUGCGUACAAUGAUUGGUACAUGUCAUUCUACAAUGUUUUCUUCACUUCACUCCCUGUUGUUGCUAUUGGUGUUUUCGAUCAGGAUGUUUCUGCACGACUAUGCCUCAAGUAUCCUCUUUUGCAUCAAGAAGGUGUACAAAACAUCCUUUUCAGCUGGCGUCGUAUAUUAGGCUGGAUGCUUAACGGGGUUUGCAGUUCCAUUAUCAUCUUUUUCCUCGUAACUAAUACCAUUCUUCAACAUGCGUUCCGAGGAGAUGGACGUGUGGCAGGGGCUGAAGAGCUCGGAAUCGCAAUGUACACGUGUGUCGUAUGGACAGUGAACUGCCAGAUGGCGCUCUCUGUAAACUAUUUCACCUGGAUCCAGCAUUUUUUCAUCUGGGGAAGCAUCACCUUCUGGUAUAUCUUCUUGGUCUUUUACGGCUCAGUCCCUCCGGCUGUAUCCACAACAGCUUAUAAGGUUCUACAGGAAACCUGUGCCCCCAGUCCUCUCUACUGGUUGUUAACCCUCAUGGUUGUUGUAUCUGCUCUAUUGCCUUAUUUUAUCUACAAAGCUUUCCAAAGCAAUUUUUUCCCAGUGUAUCACGACAUAAUCCAGAGAUCACGGUUACAAAGAUCCAAGUCUCAAACUGCAAUAGGACUCUGCAGUAGAGUUGAAGAUAAAAUCAGGCAUCCGAGUUACAUAUCACAACGUAGAGAAACUUAAAGGCAUUGUUUUAUAGUCACGAUUUUUGUAUCUAUAUAGCUAACAAAGAGAUCCGUUAUUCAUUAUCUUCGUCAUCAUGCAAGUGUAUAUUAGAAGGAUAUGUUGAUUGUAGGUUUUGGGAGAUAAUGUAAAAGAUGGGAUAAGCAGCAGCUGUAAAAUGUAUAUACUGUAAUCAUAUUGUUUGUUACAUAGUAGAAUGUAAAGUUUCUUUCAUUUUUCU